AUGAUCUCGCCCAAGACCCUCGUCCUUGGCCUGCUCGCUGCCUCUGCGGCCGCGCUGCCCACUGACUUGAGCAAGAGAGCCGUCAUUGCGCACGAUGCGGUCGUUGGCUUCGCGCAGGCGGUGCCCGACGGCACCACGGGCACCCUGAUGCUCAAGUACAAGCCCUGGCUCAAGGUCUUCAACGGCUGUGUGCCGUUCCCUGCCGUUGAUGCUGCGGGAAAUACUGGUGGCGGUCUCCAGACCACGGGCGGCUCCAACAGCGGGUGCUCCAGCUCGCCGGGGCAGGUAUACGCGCGCGCCGCGACGUACAAUGGUGCGUUCGCUAUCAUGUACAGUUGGUACAUGCCCAAGGACAGUCCGGGCCCGGGGUUGGGGCAUAGGCAUGACUGGGAGAACAUUGUGGUGUGGCUUUCUUCGGCGUCGACGAGUGCGACGGUGAGGGGGGUGGCUAUCUCCGCGCAUGGUGAUUACCAAAAGCCGAGCCCGCCGUCGCUGGAUGGCACGCGCCCCAAGAUCGGCUACAUCAGCUACUACCCAGUCAACCACCAGCUCAUUUCAACUACGGACCUGGGUGGCGAGCAGCCUCUGAUUGCUUGGGAGAGCAUGACCGCGGCGGCGCGGACGGCGAUUGAGAACACAGACUUUGGAUCUGCGACGCCAAGCUUUAGGGACUCGAAUUUCCAGACUUAUCUGGCUGAUGCGUUUAUUUGAGGACAUUCAGUGGGGUGAUUAGGAAGGAAGGGUCAGCGAAUAAGUACGAGAGGAAUUG